AAAAAAACUUCCUCGCAUACGUCGACCCCGUACACCAGUCGGUCAAUUGGUCUUCUCUUUACCUUUAAAUCUCUAAGAACAAAAGCGGAAGAAUCUUCCUGGGAGCAAUCUUCGUCUAAGGUCAUUGAGAGGUUAGUGAAAUCCGGUUUUCCGAGAUUCUCAGGAUGCACUUUAUUUGUGGACUAAGAAAGUGGAGUGCAGUGAAGGAACAUGGAGACUGGCUUUUCGUUUAAACUGGUACAAUGGUAGUCGUUGAUGCCAAAUCUGUAACUAUUACUUGUUACGAUUCGAUCAAGUUUAAUGAAGUAGUGUUCCAAUUCUUACUCGUAAGUCGAAUCUCAGUUUUCUUUUCUCUGCAACAACAAAAUUCAGGGUUUCUAGGAUUUAGAGGUAAUGAAAAUGGAUAGUUCAGGUUUGGGAGGUGGAUUUCUGUCAGGAAAUGGGGGGUUAAUAGAUCUGGAGUCUCCUAUUCGAAGACCUCAAAAAACCCAAUUGGUCAAUCCCUCAUUGACACACCGCCAUCAUUUGAACAUGAUGAGUACUUUUGAAGGCGAUCACUGGUCCCUUGGGACUGUGGACACUAAAAGCUUGGGACAGAAGGAUUUACUGAUGGCGUUCAAUAAAGGGAAAGCUAUUGCCUCUGGUGGCAUCACAAACAACAACUACACGAGUGAAGAAGACGAGCCAAGUUUUACUGAGGAUGGUGAGUGCCCUGAGUUUUUGAAGGGCAAAAAGGGCUCUCCAUGGCAGAGAAUGAAGUGGACAGAUGAGAUUGUGAGGCUUCUCAUAGCAGUGGUUGCUUGUGUGGGUGAUGACGGCGAGGCUGGAACGGGUUCGAAGAGAAAAUCUGGGAUUUUGCAAAAGAAGGGAAAAUGGAAAACAAUAUCAAAGAUUAUGCUAAGUAAGGGCUGUCAUGUUUCUCCACAGCAGUGUGAGGACAAAUUUAAUGACUUGAACAAACGAUACAAGAGAUUGAACGAUAUUAUUGGGAAGGGAACCAGUUGUAGAGUUGUGGAGAACCCUGCACUCAUGGACUCAAUGCCUCACCUCUCAAGUAAAGCCAAGGAUGAUGUUCGAAAAAUAUUAAGCUCAAAACACUUGUUUUAUAAGGAAAUGUGUGCUUACCAUAAUGGACAAACGAUUCCUGGUUGCCAGGAUGUUGAUUUCCAAGGUAAAAUUUUGCCUGUUGCAAAUUUCUCCAAAGGAAAUAAUGAGUCAGACGAGGCUGAGGACAGUGACAGUGACAGUGACAGUGGUGAAUCAGAUAAUGAAGAUGAUCACUCUCCUGUGGAAAAUAGAUUAUGGCCAUCUGAAUCUCGUGGCAGGGAUAAAGUGAGUGCAGAUGAUGGUCCUCUUUGGUCAAACUCUGUUGCAAAGAAUGAAUUUGAAGGUCGAAUUGAUGUUUUUCUUUCAGAUCCGACAAAGUCCCAAUGGGAGCGCAGAGAUUGGGUUGAAAAACAGAUGCUACAACUUCAGGAGCAAUGUAACAACUUCCAGGCUCAAUCUGUUGAACUUGAGAAACAACGUUUCAAAUGGUUAAGAUAUUGCAGUAAGAAAAAUAGGGAUUUGGAGAGAGCGAGGCUUGAAAAUGAGAGGAUGAAACUAGAUAAUGAGCGGAGAGUAUUGCAACUGAAGCAGAAGGAAAUGGAACUAGAAUUAAAAAGGUGUGACUCAUCCUUCGGGCCAACCCUUGGCAUUGAUAGAAUUCAAGGGAGAGAGCAACUUGAUUUAGGUAGACAUUGAAAGCACACCAAUAACUGAGAAAGCCAUCUAUGUUUCAGAUGUCACGUUUGCACAAGAUUUUGCUGAUCAUCGUGGAACAAAUCCUUUAAGCCAAGUGCAUGUUAUCAUGCUAAACUUGUAAGCAUGUGUAUACUCUUAUUUUAUUGUAGGAUGGCCCUUUUCUUCUCUUUGGCCCUUGGAACUUUCUGUUGUAAAGUUCAAUGAUUAAUGUUUAAGUGGCUUAGUUUCCAUUUAAGUAUUUUGUCUAGAAAUUUAUCAUUUUCUUUUUCAAGGAUAUAAAAUUGUGUCAUAUGGAUGUGUAUGUUAACAUGCUAGUCUGGUGAAUUACUUGUUCUGAGAACAA